AAGCGCGCGGCCGGUGCAGGGGGAGCGCGCGCACUAGGGCCAGCGGAGGCCGCAGGUCGCCGCCAUCAUGGUGCCAGGCGCCGGGUUCGCUUCACUCCUCAGGCGGCUGGGGGGCACCACGCGUGGCCUCGGCUCCGGGACACAGGCGCGGAUCGAUAAGAAUAAAAAACCUCAUAUCAAAUGGAAGCCACAGAAACAAAUUUGCAUACCAGUUUUGGAACAUUUUGAUAACAAAUAUAGACAAGAACAUGGAGAGUUGUGGGACAAAGCAAGAGAAGUAUUGCUACUUCCAUGCAGCUGGCAGUAUGGUGUGCUUGUAAAUAAGUUCAGCCACUGUGUACCAUUUGAAGACCUGCUUCAAUCACGGGGAUAUAGGAAUUUUCUCCAAGAUGUUUUGCCAUUUUCCCAGCAUUCCUUACAAUGUUACAUCAGCAAGGACAAGAACCGGUUCCCCAGACUUUUGCAUCAUGCGGAAAGGUUGAAGGAAUAUUACCUGCUGAAUGCAACCUCUUUGCUGCCUGUCCUUGCGUUGGACGCCCAAGAUGGAGAAAGUGUGUUGGACAUGUGUGCUGCUCCAGGAGGGAAAUCUAUAGCAAUACUGCAGAGUGCCACUCCACGUCAUUUUGUCUGCAAUGAACACGACAGUUUGCGUUUUAAAUGGCUGAAGCAAACACUCGAGUCUUUUGUACCCGAAGACUUAAGAGGGGUAAUUUCUGUGACCAAUCUGGAUGGAAGAGACAUUGGUCCACAAAAGCCACAAAUAUUUGACAAGGUGCUGGUGGAUGCUCCUUGUUCAAAUGACAGAAGUUGGUUGUACUCUUCUGAUGUCCUUAAGGCUCGCAUAAGGAUUGCACAUGCGUCUAACCUACCUGUUUUACAGGAGCAAUUAUUGAGGUCUGCUCUUGAGGCAUUGCGCCCUGGAGGGACAUUGGUUUAUUCUACAUGCACACUGUCACGAGCAGAAAAUGAUGAUGUUGUGGCCUCUCUCCUGAAUUCGUAUGACAACAUUCAGACUGUGAAUUUAGCAGACUUGGCACGUUCCCUUUCUCAUAACUUCACAUUUGCUAAAGGUGUACAGCAUGGACAAUUAAUUGUGCCAGUGAAGGGUAAAACCUGGGGACCUAUGUAUGUCAGCAAACUAUGGAAGGUGCACUGACUUGAAAUCAAGUUAUAGGUUUAAAAGAUGGAUGUGUACAAUAAUCAUGGCAGGCUGAGCGUGUUCAAAGUUUUUAAAUAAAUUGACUGGCAGAAAUGAAAUUUUUACCUCA